AUGGCAACUAUCCUGAAGAACGUCGCAAUCGUCGGUGCUAGCGGAAACAUUGGCAAAAUCAUAUUUGACAGUCUGGUUGCUUCGAACAAAUUUACCAUAACGGUCAUUUCCCGCAAGACCAGUGAGGCUAUCUUCCCCCCAGGAGUCACGGUUCUGAAGACAGACUUCUCAGAUAGCGCUCUGAGGGAUGUCUUACAGGGACAAGAUGCCGUGAUCUCGGCAGUGGGAGCCACCGGUUUCAAUGAACAGAAAGCGCUCGUGGAUGCAGCCAUCCACGCUGGAGUCAAACGUUUCAUCCCCUCGGAAUUUUCAGCCGAUAGCCAGAGUGAGGCCGUGCUACAGUUGCUGCCAUUAUUUGGGCAGAAGAAUGACCUGAUCAAGUAUCUGAAAGAAAAGGAAGUCUCAGGUUUGACUUGGACUGGCAUUGCCACCUCUGGAUUGUUCGAUUGGGGGCUUCGUAAUGGCUUCUUGGAAUUCGACCUUUCCAAUCACACUGCUACGAUCUGGGAUGGCGGUCACAAAAAGUUCACUUUGACCAACGCAAACCAGCUAGGCCAGUCGGUGGUAUCUGUACUCGAACAUCCACAGGAGACUAGCAACAUGUAUCUGUAUGUCGCGUCUGUGGAGACCACCCAGAGGGAUAUUGUCGCCGCUCUGGAGAAGGUGACUGGGGUUAAAUGGACGACUGAAGAUACCACCACGGAUGAGCAGGUUAGUGCGGCUGUCAAGAAGCUCACAGCUGGUGAUUUCAGCGGCGCUUUUGCACUGGUCCGGGCCACCUGUUUCGGUAACACGCCUGGUCUUCAUUCAAGCUAUCUGCAGGACGAAUAUUUUGCAAAUGAAUUGCUGGGUCUAGAGAUGGACAAUGUUGAGAAUACCAUCAAUCGGCUGUAA